UUGAGGGUACCAGGGCACCCCAUCUUACGCCUGACCCAACUAACUGCCCUCCCCUCCGUCCCAUCGCGCCUGAGGCGAUACCCGCCACGAUGAGCCAGGAUGCAGCCGAGCAGAACAUCCAGAUGUGGAAGGUCAAGAAGCUCAUCAAGAGCCUGGAUGCCGCCAGAGGUGCUGGCACGUCCAUGAUCAGCUUGAUCAUCCCGCCGAAGGAUCAAAUCUCGCGGGUGUCCGCGAUGUUGACGCAGGAAUACGGCACGGCGUCGAACAUCAAGUCUCGCGUCAAUCGUCUCUCCGUGCUGGCCGCGAUCACGAGCACACAACAACGUCUCAAGCUUUACAACCGUGUCCCGCCCAACGGUUUGGUGCUAUUCGUCGGCACCAUCCUUACCGACGAAGGCAAGGAAAAGAAGGUUUCCUUCGACUUUGAGCCUCACAAGCCUAUCAAUACUUCACUAUACCUUUGCGACAACAAAUUCCAUACUGAGGCGCUUGCGGAACUCCUCGAGUCCGACUCCAAGUUCGGCUUCAUUGUCAUGGACGGCAACGGCACCCUCUUCGGCACCCUCGCUGGCAACACGCGCGAGGUCAUCCACAAGUUCACCGUCGACCUGCCCAAGAAGCACGGGCGCGGCGGUCAGUCCGCGCUCCGUUUCGCGCGUCUGCGUGACGAAAAGCGGCACAACUACGUGCGCAAGGUGGCCGAGCUGGCGGUGCAGCACUUCAUCACGAACGACAAGGUGAACGUGCAGGGCAUCGUGUUGGCGGGCAGCGCCGAUUUCAAGACGGAGCUUGGCCAGAGCGAUAUGUUCGACCCGAGGUUGGCCGCGAAGGUGAUCAAGGUCGUCGACGUCAGCUACGGUGGCGAGAACGGUUUCAACCAGGCGAUCGAGCUCGCGGCCGAGUCGCUGGCGAACGUCAAGUUCGUGCAGGAGAAGAGGCUCAUCCAAAAAUACUUCGACGAAAUCAGCAUGGACUCGGGCAGGUACUGCUUCGGUAUCGACGACACCCUCAAGGCUCUGGAACUAGGCGCCGUCGAGACGUUGAUCGUGUGGGAGAACCUGGACAUCACCCGAUACGUCCUUCGCAACGCCGCGGGAGAGGAGAUCGUGAUCCACGUGAACAAGGAGCAAGAAAAGGAGCGGGAGAGGUUCAUGGACAAGUCGACCGGGACGGAGAUGGAGCAGGCGGAGGAGCCGAAGCCGCUCCUGGAGUGGUUCACGGACAAGUACAAGGAUUUCGGCGCCAACCUCGAGUUCGUGACGGACCGGUCGCAGGAAGGGGCCCAGUUCGUGAAGGGCUUCGGUGGGAUCGGCGGGCUGCUGAGGUACAAGGUGGACUUUACGAACUUGACGAGCGUGGACGACGAGGACGAGGACGAGUUUUACGAUGACGACGACGACGUUAUCUGACGUUUGGGCGCGAGGCUCGUCAAGGGAGCCUCCUUGCCGCGGCGCCGGCGCACCGACGAGGGCACGCCGCGGAGGGAGGCGGAGGCGCGGGGGGCGGAAGCGAGGAAGACGACGUCGGUCGUCAAGGGGGCCCACUUAAGCGAAGGUGAAGCGGGCAGGAUCCGAAGGGUUCGUCACGAAGGAUACGAGGUCGCCUUCUUCGCGAAGGCGAAGUCCGGCGCAGGCACGAAGGUUUCGACGGGAGACGGGGGACGAUCCGUGGGCAUGUUGGCGGACCUUGGCGAAAGGCGCCGUCGCCAGCGCGCAAGGUCCUGCCCAGCGGUGCCCUGCACGCGUCAGUCGGCCGUUGACUGCAACGUCAUAUUGGGCAUCCGAAGGUCGCGCAGGUUACUUCUCGUUUCUUGUUUGGAUUUCUGAUAUAUCGUUCGUUAACCGAUCACGAUGCAACCAAAGAUUUCAGCAUGUCGGGAUGUCGACCGAGUGUUGACUAGAGAGCUAAGCGCCGUCGUAUACAUCCG